ACGCAUUUCCGGGUUCAUCUUUGACCCCGGAAGAUCAAGGAAAGCAGUUACGUUCCAGUGGUGAUGUUGAGCUGAGACUUUCGCGCUGUUUAAUCUGCAUCUGGAAUAGCAACAUUACUGGAAAUGAACCCUCUUACAAAGGUGAAACUGAUUAAUGAACUUAACCAGAAGGAAUCAGAACUUGGCAUAAGUGAGAAAGUUUCUUGGCAUUCAGAAUAUAAAGACAGUGCUUGGAUAUUUAUAGGUGGUUUAGCGUAUGAUUUGACAGAAGGAGACAUUUUGUGUGUUUUCUCACAGUAUGGUGAAAUUGUGAAUAUAAAUUUAGUUCGAGAUAAAAAAACUGGAAAAUCAAAAGGUUUCUGCUUUAUCUGUUAUGAAGAUCAGAGGAGCACUAUUUUGGCAGUGGACAAUUUCAACGGAAUUAAGAUUAAAGGAAGGACUAUCAGAGUGGAUCAUGUUGCCAAUUACCGGCCUCCAAAAGACUCUGAAGACAUAGAUGAAGUAACGAAACAAAUUAGGGAGGAGGGUUGUGCACCCAAAACGCCACCCGCCUCAUCCUCUGAAUCUGAGGAAGAAUAUGAAGUUUCAGUAAAGAAACAAAAGAAAGAAAAAAAGGAAAAAAAGAAGAAGAAAGAAAAAAAGAAAAAAAAGGCUAAAGAAAAGCAGAGUGACUCUGAAAGCCGAAAAAGCCCAGUUUUGCUUAUAAAAGACAGAGACUCUUCAUUUGUAAAAUCAAAUUCAAACAAAGACAGUAACACACAUAGAUCGUAUGAAGACACAAAACCUUGGCGAGAAGACAGAGCAGCACAUAGCUCCAAGGAAAGAAAUGGUGUCCAGCAAAGAGAAUUAGACAAACACAAACAGCAACACAGGGGAAGCAGCAAGAGUAGUAGCAGUAACAGGAGCUGUUAUGAUGAAGGCGGACGAGAAGCAAGGACCUGGGAUAGCAGACCGAAAGGAAAAGAAAGGGGAAGAAGUCCAAAUGAGAGUGGCGAUUGGAGGAAGCAUGACAGGCAGUCGGAUGUUAGAGAAAGACAAGAAGGGAGACACUGGAAUUCAGACAGUCAGAAAAAAGAGAGAGACAAGUCAUCAAGAAACUGAUGAGACUGAACUAAUACUCAAUCUUUUCAUUUAUAUUUCCUUUUUAUAUUAAAUAUGGUCACGUUUUCUGAGGCACACAAGGUUUCAGCUUCACCUCUUUUGUUACAAAGAUCCAUUUCCUCUCCAAUCAUCUGUUUUGCUACCACUUAACCAUAUUAGCAGGUGGUUUCAAAAAGAACAAAACUUUUACAGUCAAAAUGGCUGAUCUAAUUAUUGAAGCAGUGGUGUUUAUAUUGUGUACUCUACUGUAUUGCUGUCAAAUAAGGAAAAAAUUGAGAGGCAUACUGUACAUAAAGCGUUCCCUUAAUUAGUAGCACACACUGUGUGACGAUCUUAACCAGACUCUUGUCAUCACUACUUGCUAAUCCAAGGAUUUUGUUUUUAAAGAAUGGUGAUGCAGGUGUAGAAUUAUGUUUUUAUGUGCAUUGCAAGAGUGACCUGUCAUUUACCUGAAUAAAGUGAUCUGGAAAAUU